CGAGGUGAAAUGGGCUAUGGACCGGAUCUGUAUCAGUUGGUUCACAAUCCCAUGCGAAGUCGAAAAAAGAUCCACCUGAUCGAAGGAGCAAGGUUGGUCGCGUCGUUGCGGUGUGGUGAGACACCAAAAGUAGCGUUCGAUGUUCAGUACCUGUUCAAAGAGAAGUCGCGUGUUUUGUCAGAGCUCGGUAAUCAAAUGCAGUACGUAAUCAGUGAAAAUUUGGGCUCAAGAACACCUUUCCCUAUCAGCUUCGUGAACUUUACGAACAAUGAGGUUUCACAAAAAUGGCUUCAGCAAUGUGUUGGAUUUUAUGGAGGGCAAUAUACCCAUCAAACUGUGUUACCCGACUUCACUGAGAAAGAAAUCGUCUAUAUAUCAAGGCAAGCUAUCUUAAUGCUUAUUUCCUCAUUACUAAACGCGAGAGACGUCAUAGAUGGUCCAUUUAACAUCGGGGCGAUUGCUCUAUGUGUAUCUAUGGAUACAGCACGAGAAUCGCUUGGUGCUGCUCGCCGUAGUCGUAUUCGAACUGUACGGCUACCAAUUAAGAGAUAUGUUAAAUGGCAACAAGGUCCGAUGUAUCUUCCGUUUCCCAAUAUCAUGCGCAUUUUUCGGGAGGUUCAUCUAAGUGGUGGAGAUUGGGAAACAGCAUUGCUUAAUAACAUUAGCAACACUCCUCACAUUCGAUUCAUUUCCUCGCAUCCAUUGUCUACGAAGAUCUUGCAACUUUUACGUGUGGUUUCGAUUGUUGCUUGA